AUGGCAAAUAUAGACAUGACUUUCAAUGCUCUUUCUAUUGAAGAAGAAGAAGAUGUGCCUUUCAUGUUGCCUGAUCUUCCGCAAUUCUCCUCGAGUGAAAGAAACAAGAUGAGUAUUAUGGGCAGAACCCUUAAUCCGGAGUGUCAAAACAUGACAGACUUGAUCCUCGAUAUGCUUAGGAAGUGGCAAGUCUACGAUCGUGUGAGAGGAGUGGCGCUGUCGAAGGAGAGGUUUCAGUUUAUUUUCAAAUAUGAACACGAUUUGGAAGAGAUCCGCAAUAUACCGGUUAACUACUACUACUACACUGAAGCUUCAAUCUUUGCGCUUGGUGACAUCAUUGGGAAGGUGGUGGAGAUAGCUUUCGAUCUAGAUAAGCCACAGAGUAAGGAGUACGUGCGCGUCAAGGUUAACUUUGAUGUAUCUCAACCGGUUAGGCGCUCAAAGGUCGUUAAUCUGCCUAAAGGAGGUUCGACGACAGUAUGGUAUGACUUUGAACGUAUACAGAAACAGUGCUAUUUAUGUCAAAGACUGACUCAUGAGAAGGACAAAUGUCUGUUGGUGAUUAAAAUGCGUAAGGACAAGGCCACUGCAAGAAGACAAAAUAUCCUCAAUGCAAAAAGGAAUCUGGAACCAGUGCUGAAAGAGUCAGAUCCCCUGUUUGAUGAAUUAACUGAAGAUCAAGUGGGACCUGACCCACAUACGGGAAGAUUGCGAAUUGCACCAGAGGUUAUGCAAGAGAUUAGGCUGUAUUUGGUGGCUGCGGAAGGUCCAGAACGCAGACUCAAGGACGAACGUGUGAAAAAAUCCAUUCUUGAUCUCAAGGAUGAUUGGAAGGGGCAGCAUUCGAUGCUAUGCUUGGAGGCCCCGCAUGUACUCACUAAGGAGCUUGAUAAAGGAAAAGGCCCGACGUAUGAGAUGGGUGGAGAAGAAGGCACACAGAUUGCAAAAGACACAGAGAAUGGAGGAGAAAAGUUAAUGUUAGCUGUUAUCCAGGCUGCUAAACCUGUUCGAUAUGAAAUGUCCCCCGUGAUCCAUUCCUCUGAAAGAGAUGCAGCAAACUUUACAUCAGAAAACUCAGGCUACCGGUCGGUGUCGAAUGGCUUUUCUGUUGGGAGUUCGGAGGCCAGUUCGUCUGGUACCUCUGCAAAGAAAAGAGUUGUUAGGAAGAGAGCAAGUACAAGCCGUAAGAAGAAAGACACAGAGGUGAAAGGAAACACGGAGAGAGUAGAAGGGGUUGGAAAAACAGUUGGUGUGUCGCCUAAGAGAAAAGCAGAUGGGGGUGAGAGAGAGGAAUGGCUGGGAUAUGGUAAAGUCUACACGGUGGAGCCUAUAGGAUGGAGUGGUGGUUUAGAAGUUUUUUCAAAAAAUAAUGUAGCAGUAGAGGUGAAGUCUGCAGACAGAAACCUUAUUGAUUGUUUUCUUCGGUUCGGGGCAUUUGAGUUCUUCGUGUGUUGCAUAAUGGGGAGAAACUGGGUGGACCUAAGCGAAGUGAGAGCUUCUUACAAGCAUUUGCAGAGAUGCUACACACCUGUGAGAUGGAUGAGCUCCUUAGCGCGGGUGAUGGGUUUACCUGGUCGGGAGUGA